CACUGCCAAUCUACCUUUGUCUCACUCUAUCGCCGCUCCCUCACACCCGCUCGCUCUGCCGCACUGAUAGUCGUUUUGUCUCACUCCACAUUGAUGCCAUCCUUGCGAUCUUGCCUCUCAUGGUCCCUCUGCCGCUGUGUCUCUUUAGCUACGCGCCAGUAUCAGCAGAAGCAACAUCACUACCAGCAGCAGCACACAGCUGGCUGGUCUUGAGUCUCUGCCCCAGCUCUCGUUUUGGCUUCUCUCUCAUUUUGUUUUUGCUAAGUGCCAACAUAACUGGAACCAGCGGCUCUCGAUCAACCUCUGCAUUGUCAUCUUGUUCACUCGCGUCUAGACCCAUCUCUUUCGCUCAGUGCUCACACUGCACGUACUUGUCUCACAUCUGCUCUGCCUCUCUUUUACGGGCAGAUCCUGAUUGCUCUCUGCCACUGUUCGCAUCGCCUGCUUGCUUUGCACCCCGACCGUGCGAAUGGCAGACAAUGCGGAGAACGCUUGCUGUUGUUGUUUCUUGUCUGUUGUUUGCGCCUGCAUGCCCAUUCCGUACUUUGUGGCCUGUGCGCUUGGUGUUUGUCACUUUGUCGUCCUUUGGCCUCGUUGCUCAUUGCUAGUGUGUCGCUUCCAGUUUUCGUGAUGUUGCUUGCCUAUUGUGGUGUGCCCUUUGUCCCCUCCUCUACCUACGCCCACGUUGAGUCCAUCUUGUGCUCUUUGGCGCUGCAACCCUGAUUUGA